AUGAGAGAAAAAAAAAGAAAUAAAGUUGAUGAGAAUGGAAGAGAUUUCAAGAUAUGUUAUAACAGUUUCAAUCAUCCAUUACGUGACAAUGUAAGGAUACCACUUUCUAAUAUAACUUCAUCUAUCAGUAAUAUAGGCAUUCAGAAUCGUCGCUCACCGCUCAGUGUUACUGCAAAAUCAUCAUCCAAACCAUUGCAAACUGGUCUAAAAGAAUCUCUGUCGUACAAUCUUAGUGGAACACAUGCAUAUGAAAAUAUUGUCUAUCAGCCAACACCUCAGCCUAACACGACCGGUAGUCAUUUCUCACCUGGCAGUUCCAUAUCAAAUAUUACUGCUGUUUCACUCACCCCUGCACAGAGAUCUGCAAUGGCACGAUACUCAGAUAUAGGUGAUCCUGCAAUAGAAUGUACACGUUGUGGGGCACUUAUGUGGUACGGAGAGAAAACUGAUAAACGAAAACAUAGCUCUGUCCCCAAAUUCCAACAGUGUUGUGGAAAUGGCAAGAUUCAACUUCCUCUUUUGAAAUUACCUCCUCCUUAUCUUAACCAGUUGUUGUUUCAAGAUAAUGGUGCGGAUAAUCAGAAUUAUCAGCAAUAUUGUAGAUUGUACAACAUGAUGUUUGCCUUUACAUCUCCUGGUAUGAAGUUUGACAACAGGUUCAAUGCCGGUGGAGGUCCUCCUAACAUAAGAGUACAUGGACAGCCCUGCCAUAGGAUUGGGAGCAUGAUGCCGCUUAAUGGACAGACACCCCGAUUUUCACAGCUAUAUAUUUACGACACUGAAAAUGAAGUACAACCUAGGAUCAAAGGAAUGGGAAACAAUCCUAAUAUAAUUCCGCACGUUGUGACCGAAUUGAAGAAUAUGCUCGACGAGUUCAACACACAUGCUAAAUCUUUUAGGAUGGCUGCGGACAGGCUACGACAUUCCGAUGUACCAGAAUUGAAACUAAGAUUAGUUGCAGAUAGAUCUAAAGAUGGUAGAAUUUACAAUCAACCCAACGUUGCAGAAGUUGCCGCAUUGAUAGUAGGCGACGUUGACACCGGAGAUAAAAGGGACAUUAUUCUUGAGAGACAAAGCGGCAAGCUAAAGAGAAUAAGUGAGUUUCACCCAGCAUAUCUUGCUUUACAAUAUCCCCUACUCUUUCCUUAUGGAGAAGACGGAUUUAGGCUUGGUGUUCUACACAGGGAAACAAGUUCUAAAAAAAAAAGAUGA